AUGACUUUCAUUUGGGGCCGCCAGACCAGCAGUCCGGAGUGUCGACCGGACGAAGGUGUCUCAAGAAGACGGUUCUCGAUGAGAUCACGACGUGGGAGGAAAGAAACUAGGGUAGAAAUAUCUACCCAGACCUCACAAAUGCGUGAAAUAGACUGCUUAGAGAUACGCCAUUAUCCCAAAUUUGAUCCUAAGGAUCCCAGGCACAACUCAGCCCUCUUGGUUAAGAAGAAUAAAGGUAAGGGGAUCUGGGCCUUCUUUACCCAGUCAGUAAAGCCACGGCUUUACGGCUCCCUCAGACCUAGGAAGCCUGUAACCAAAUCUCCAAGUUGCCCACCAAAGCCCCGCCGGAGCAUACGGUUAAGUUUUUCAGUGACGGCCUCACGGCUUGUUAAACGUUCGCGCUCAUGUAAAGCUCCAAAACCACAUCUGAACUCAAUUUGGCCCCCUCAAAUCACGAGCCACAUUGGGCCACACGAGCCAGUGCGCUCCUGUUGGUCAGACCAAAUCGACGACUCCCAGGAUUUAGAUAUUCCCGGCCCUUCCGCUGUUCCCGGGCAUUUCCUUCUGCCAUCUCUGUCAUCCAUGUCAUCAGGGCUGAUUUCCCCCUUAGAAUUGGAAGCUUGCAUGUCCAACGCACAUACAGAGCAGGAUAUUUCUCUCCGUCAAAUGAAUAUUCGUCGAUUCCACGCAUUCAAUCCGACUCACGAUCCCUAUCUCACUGUGAAGACUGCUCUCUCCCUGGCUGGUGGUCACACCCUAACUCAGUCGUAUCAGGGAUAUGAAAAUGUUUCGGAUUGCAAUGAGCUUUCUGAGGCUCGCGUUCCAGCCGUUCCAAAUGAAAGUGCCUGCCAUGACCGGGUUUUGAAUCCCAUAUCCGAAAGAGAUGGUUCGCCAGGGCCUGUUACUCCAAAACGUUCCCCGUUAAUCCGCGAACAAGCUCACGAGGUAAAUGGAAGAGAUAUUGAGAAACUGUCUGCUUCGAUAAGCAAACAAAUGCAUUCUCAGUCGUCCACUCCUACUAACUGGAGAGUAAAGGAACUGAGCACCACGACUGAAUCCGAGAAAAGUGGCCCGAAACUCCCCCCUCUCUUAGACCUGGGUGAGAGCUGGCUAGAAAUCCGAAAUGAACAAGAACAAUCGCGCGUAGCAAGUACAGGGAUUUCACAACCUAGCACAGCUACUGAUUCCGAAUUUGGAGAAGAUAUCUACCGCACGUCUGCGAAUCAACAAUAUACUUCUUCUCCAAGGCGUGAUGGUAACCUUAUGACCUGGCUAUCAUCAUUGUCAAGCACCACUAACACGCGUGACAAUACAGACGUUUCUGGAAGCACCCUAUGCCGUUCCGUUUCACCCUCAGCAAGGAACCAGAACUCAUGCAAACCAACGGAAUCAUUCCUAGAAUUGAAUGUAUGUGAAAAGGGUGCAAGCCCUGAGAAGCGUUCUCCCGAAUCCGAUAUACGGCAAUAUAGUGGAUUGAUGCUUCGCGAUAAAGUUGCCGGUAAUAACAGCCAAGAUGCGCCCUCUAUAUCCAACUCUCGAUCUGGAGAACCUCUAGAACUCACCAGCAAUGGGAAACCUUCCGACAUCACAUCAGGAACAAGCCCUUUCCCAGAGCUUAGCAUGCCUUUUGAGAUGCCGAAAUCCCACCCUAACCUCCAGAAUAACUCAGCAGAUACCACAGAACAGCUUUCAAUCAUCCUAAGAGAACAUCUGUGCGAAAGCAAUCCUGAAACGUGUCUCGACAAGACAGCUUUCUGGUCCGCAUCGAUUGACUCAUGUAUGGAAAACUCUAAUCCAAAUCAUCUUGAACCAGGGAACACCAUUAUGCCUCGUCAGUGCGUUGAUGGAUACAACAAAAAAAAUUAUGAGAACCCCAAGUUGAAUACAGAAAGCCAACACACAGCAUCCUCUUUCGCAACGAUAACCAAAGCUCCCAGUCAAAGUGAAACCGCACAGGCAACAGCUGCUUGCCAAGACACAACAAAAAGUCUCAUGACCUCCAUCAACAAACCACUUCACCUGUCUGCCAAAACCCAGUCUCCUGACGCCGAAGAACGACCAGUCAACUGUAUUUCAAGUGAUAGCGAUUCCAAAACCUUCCCCAGUCGCAAAGAUGGAUCAAGCAGUGGAUCCGGAUCCGGAUCCGGAUCUGGAUCAGGCUCUGGCGGAUCAGGUCAAAGCGAUCCUCUGACGAAUAGUACGGCUGCGACCAGCGUUGUUGAUCUUGAAGGCGAUCAGAGUGUUAUUUUAAAGGCGAAACCCGAGGGGACACCUUUUAUUUCCGAAUUAGGCGGAGUUACUGUGGAAAUCGGUGCUGUGGUAUCAUAG